UGAUUGCGAUCGCUCGCUCUUGACUAAUCGAGGACUUGUCCGAGAUGCUUAAAAGUCAGCCAGUUUUGCACAGGUCCCUCAGGCUGCAAACCCAUCAUGGCACGCUUUGAUCCAGUCAAGGACUUACCUGACCUCACGGGCAAAGUCGCGAUUGUCACAGGUGCAACCGCGGGUAUUGGAUAUGCUGUUACGCAAGGAUUACUGCGCAAAGGCGCGACCGUCUAUCUCGCUGCAAGAAAUGAGAGUAAAGCUAUAGGGACUAUUGCGCGUUUAGAGGCCGAGGGCCUCGGUCCUGGAAACGGGAAGCCAAUAUUUCUUAAGGCCGUAUUUGACGAUCCCAGGAAUGCAAAGAAAUCUGCGGAAGAGUUUCUGGAUCGAGAGUCCAGACUUGAUAUACUAGUAAAUAAUAUAGCACGGUUGGUAGUACCGUAUGAGCGCGAUCCACUGGGAUUGCCACUGUCAGUCUCAGUCAAUCACUUUUCACCGUUCGUGUUCACAAAUACCCUCCUGCCUCUGAUGAAGCGGACUGCAUUACUCCCUAAUACGGACGUGCGGAUUGUCAACAUGUCUUCAGACUCCCAUGCCCGGGUAUCAAACGUCCAGCUCAAGACCAAGGACGACUUCUACUUUCCAAAAGUAGUCGACGGAUCAACUUCUAGUCAACACAUGCAUUAUGGCUUCACGAAAUUAUUGAAUAUACUGUUUACUCGUGAGCUUGCACGUCGACUUGCAGCUUCCUCCCAAGACGGGGGAUCCAAUAUCCUGUGCUUCAGCGUUCACCCUGGUUGGAUCACGACGGAAGGGAAUUUGGCCCUCGGUAAUCGCUAUCCUUGGCCACUCUCAACGCUUGUGUGGCUUAUAGUUCGUUACCUGUUCCUUGCACCGGAAAAGGGCGCGAAUUCCGUGCUCAUCCCGGCAGCGGCACCAAGCAUACGGAAAGAAGCAAGCAAGUACCAUGGACAGUAUCUUGUACCUUAUGGCAAAAUCGGCCCAGCGUCGAAAGAUGCUCUAAAUGAUUCUCUUGCAAAGGACGCGUGGGAUCUGACGGAACGAGUUUUAUCCGAGUAUGGCCUGUAAUAUGGAAU